GCUACCGCUGCCACGGUUCGAGCUGUUGCCCUGACUGCAUGUUUUGUAUGAGCACUGAGCGAAGCUAGCCACAGCUCCACGCGGAGUGUGUUUCCUUCAGGAGGGAGACGCGACAGUAACAUGUCCGGGGGAAACAAAGCCAUCGAGUUGCAGCUUCAGAUGCGACAGAACGCGGAGGAGCUGCACAGCUUCAUGAAGGAGCUGGAUGGAUGGGAGUGUGACAUGAAGACGAAGGAUGAGGAGCUGAGGACAGGAGGAGCACAGGGGACCGGGGAGAAACUGCCACCUGUGCGCAACAAGAAAUACAAAACAAAGAUGAGGGAGAAGAGGAAGAAGAAGACGGAGCAUGCUAGGAAUGGUGUUGCUGGGAAUUGUGACGCAAAAGCAGUGGAUCUCCAAAAAUCGUCGAGGAGAAAGGGGUGUGAUUAUCAAUCAUGGGACAAGUUUGACGUGGACGGGGCUCUGGCCGAGAUGGAUAAAGAAGAAAGUCCAGUCGAGUCCAACGAGUCGGACUCAGAGGAACCCACUGUCGAUCGAGAGAAAGCUCUGUCACAGAAGGAAAAGGGUAAUGUGUUUUUCAAGGAAGGGAAGUAUGACGAUGCCAUUGAGUGUUACACCAGAGGGAUGAGUGCAGAUCCUUACAACCCUGUGCUCCCCACCAACCGAGCCACCUCCUUCUUCAGACUCCAGAAGUUUUCUGUGGCGGAGUCUGACUGCAACUUAGCAAUCGCUCUGGACAGCAACUACUUUAAAGCUUAUGCGCGGAGAGGAGCGGCGCGGUUUGCACUGAAGAAUUAUGGAUCUGCUUUAGAAGAUUAUAAGAUGGUUCUGAAGCUUGACCCCGGGAACACGGAAGCACAGAAUGAAGUGAAGAAAAUCAAUGAGGCCCUUGGGAAAGAAGCAUCGACUUUCCAGAGUGAAGCCACUCAGCCGCUGGAGGCUUCCACAGUCGAACCUGAGCAGCAGGGACUGAUGGAGGAACAGCAGAGGAGGCAGGAGGCCGUUCUACAAAAAGACAGAGGGAAUGCUUAUUUCAAAGAGGGGAAGUAUGAAGCAGCCAUCGAGUGCUACAGCCGAGGUAUGGAGGCAGACGGCCUGAACGUCCUGCUUCCCGCCAACAGAGCCAUGGCCUUCCUGAAGCUUGAGAAGUAUAAGGAGGCAGAGGAAGACUGCACUAAAUCCAUUUAUCUGGACGGGACUUACUCCAAAGCUUUUGCCCGUCGAGCAACAGCCAGAGUGGCUUUAAGGAAACUGGAGGAGGCCAAACAAGACUUUCAGGAAGUGUUGAAGCUGGAGCCAGGGAACAAACAGGCCUUGAAUGAACUCCAGAAACUCCAGAUUGACCUUGGUCCCAGUGGACUUCUUCAAACAGACGACAGCUCAAAGAGGAGAACAGUUCAGCCGAUUGAUAAACCAACUCAUCUGCGCUCCACCAAACCUCUGAGGAGAAUUGAAAUCGAGGAGGUCAGUGGGAAAGCUACGGUGCCUGAGGUGGAGUCAAGUGGGUCCAAGACCUUGAUCCAGGAAGUGGUGGAGGAGGACUCGUCUCCACUGUCCACUUCCCCCAGCGCCAAAAUAAUCAAAAUCGAGGCGAUGGCGGACGCCCCCUCACACGUAUCAGAAACACUCCCUCCCAGCAGACCGACUGAACAACCAGCGCAGGUUGUAAUCAGUCACCCGCCUGAAACAACCACCAACACCCCCUCAUCAGUGAAAGACCUGCCCCCUCCACCCACCAGCAGCUUCCAGCUGGAGGCCGACAUCCGCAAGAUCGGAAAGCAGCCAGAAGUGAUUUACAGAUAUCUGAGGCAAAUCAAGGCUGAAUCGUACGUUAAGAUUUUACAAAACUCCCUUGAACCGGACAUCCUCAAUCAGAUCCUGUCGACGCUGCACGAGUUCUAUACAAAGAAUGAAACGCCUGCUGUUAUACUGGAGAUCCUCAGCAGUCUAUCGAGUGUGCGGCGCUUCGACAUGGCUGUAAUGUUCAUGUCGUCCACAGAGAAGAAAGCGCUGAAAGACCUGUUUGACUUCCUUCACCGAGCGAAGCUGGAAGAAUCAGCCGUCGCACUCCUACAGAAGAAGUACGGUGUGUGACGCUCCACGUCUCAAGCAACAAACUUAUACAUCAACACAGAGCGCCACUUUGAAUUCAAAGCAAAUAAUUAUGUUUUUAUUAAUCAAUUAACUUCCAUUAAAGUUACUUAAAGGGAUAGUUCACCCAGAUAUGAAAAUGCACUCAUCUACUCACCACUAGGCCGAUGGAGGGAAGGGUGAAGUGUCUGAGUCCACAAAACACUUUAGGAGUAUCAUGGGUAAACUUUGUUGCAGCAGAACCCAAUACAAUCGAAGUCAAUGGUGAGCUAUUCUUCAGACAUAAUCAAACUGAAAAGCCUCCAUACUGCUUGAAAUAGUGGUGAACUAUCCCUGUAAGCAGUGCGUUUGAGCCACACAUCCAAUUGAAUCCUUACAAGGUAAUUAUGGUUUUUUGAAAGCUACAUCUCUAUAUGCAGAUACAGCUUUCUAUACAAUCUCAUACUGUGAACAUGUUGAUGUGUUAGCAUGGAGCCAGGUUACUGCAUCUUACAAGUCGUCAAACCCCAGCGAGGAUGCAUGUCCUUUCAACAGAAGUGUGGCUUUAUCUUGAACCCAGUGUAAAAGCAUGGAUUGGUCUCUGUGAGUACUUUACCCAGUGUGAAUGUUCCUCUCAUUGUUGAAAGAGAAAACAAGUUAACUGACAUUGCUCUGGACUAAACCUGCCUCGACUGUUGUGUAUAUGUAGAGUUUGGACAACUGAAUGACAAAUAAAAGGUGUAUUUUGUAAUUUA